CGGAGAGUACAGUGCCGCGAUGUGGGACAGUUGUGAUGAGAGCGAGUGCAGGGAGUUGAAUUCGACGAGGACGACGACUGAUCGCACGAGGCUCGAGAUGUUCGAGCCCACGGAGCAGGGAAAGGAUCUUUGCAUCCAUACGGGCGUUGUGCUUCGUGGAGCGAAUGCCAGAGAAGAUGAGGUUCACAGUUCAGGAACGCUUAAUAUUGUGGAAUAUAGUUUUGGCAAGUGCAUAGAAUGGAAACCAGUAGAAGAUUCCGUGGUAUCGGAAUGCCAAGAUCAAGAUCCAGAAUGGUCCCUAGUGGAUACUCAUACGAGGAGGACUCGCACGAACUCAGAGGGUCCAGACUCUCUUGGACGUACGAGAACCGUUAAAAUAUUAUUUUCUGAUCUAAAGUCAUUUCGCGUGAAUCAUGGCGGACAACAACUCAUAUUUAUGCAGAGGGAUGGUACCACCUAUGUUGCCUUCUUUCAGCUGGCUAACGCUGAAAGUUUCAUUAAUUCGUUAAAAGGAUUUAUCAAAUUUGUAAAAUCACGCUCGGAUAAGAAUUUAUAUCUGGUGAUGGAUGAAGUUGAAACUGUCUUGAAGAAAUCUUUUGCUGAAUUGGAUCUGUUUCAAGAAAACACUUCUGAUUACGUGUGGAAGUUUGUAAAAAACUUACACAAUCGUCCUUAUGAAACAACAAUGGAGGCAUUCAGCAAACUUGCAGAUAUCUGGUUAUAUAAAGAGCCAGUGAAGCGACCUGUUGAGGAAGCGGUAGCCGAUUUAUUAAACCAGUCUCUUACGAUCGAUCCUCAUCCACGUGUAUCUGUAUCUAUAGGAUCUGGAGAAGAAUAUGAAGUAAUUGGAGUCGGAGUGGACCUACCUCCACGACCACCGUGUCCGCGCGGUGCGCCGUUAACACAAGAACAAUGGGAAAAAUGUAAAGAUCGAGAAGGAAGAAUCACUGAUCCUGAGGCCAUCAAAGAAAUUAUCUUUCGGGGGGGUAUUUGUCCAUCAUUACGUUUUGAAGUAUGGAAAUUUUUAUUAAAUUAUUACCCAUGGAAAUCGACGCAUAAUGAAAGAUUAGAACUUAAGAGAAAAAAGACUGACGAAUAUUUUACGAUGAAAUUGCAAUGGCGUACAUUUACGACUGCGCAAGAAAGCCGUUUUUCUGAUUAUAGAGAACGAAAAAGUUUGAUAGAGAAGGAUGUUAACAGAACAGACAGAACACAUCCUUAUUAUGCAGGGGAUAAUAAUCCACACUUGGAACAAUUAUACGAUAUACUCAUGACCUACAUAAUGUACAAUUUCGAUUUAGGAUAUGUUCAGGGUAUGAGCGAUCUUCUUAGUCCAAUUUUAUUUUUAAUGGAUAAUGAAGUAGAUGCGUUUUGGUGUUUCGUUGGAUUCAUGGAUAAAGUAAGUACUAAUUUCGAGAUGGAUCAGAAAGGCAUGAAAGGUCAAUUAUGCCAAUUAUACACGUUACUGUGCACUACGGAACCGCAAUUAGCAUAUUAUCUAAAUAGACAUGAUUCUGGUAACAUGUUCUUUUGCUUUCGAUGGUUGUUAGUAUUAUUCAAGCGAGAAUUUAGCGCGAUCGAUAUAUUAAAAUUAUGGGAGAUAUUAUGGACCGAUCUACCCUGUAAAAACUUUCAUUUGUUAAUAUGCGCGGCUAUUUUGGACACAGAGAAAAAUAUUUUAAUAGAAAACAAUUACGGAUUUACGGAAAUUUUGAAGCACAUAAAUGAUUUGUCACUUCAUAUCGAAUUGCCUUGGACAAUUUCUAAGGCAGAAGGUAUUUAUUAUCAGCUGAUGUCCGUGGAACAUCAGAUUCCUGAUGACAUACGUGUAAUUAUCGGAUUGGAGCCAUUGCAUAAGUCGUUGCCGAUGAAUGGAAGCGAUGACGAAGCAUCUAGUAAUAAUACCCGAGCCAAUGGUCCUCAUAAUAAUUCGAGACGAAAUAGCACAGGUAGCGCCAAUGUUAAAUUAGGAGACGAUGAAGUGUCGUUUGAACGCGGAUUGAAUCUGUCGUAUAUGUGAGGUCAGGACUGGAUCUUUACAAUCAUUCACUAACAGAAAGCUGAUUGAAAGUCUACACGAACAGAGAAUAAAAUAAUUGUUUCAGUUUUCGUAAUCGAGGAUUUACACUUAUCUUAUGAUUUGUUUGAAAAUGUAACUGAUUUUAAACAUGUUAUUGACAAUAAUUUUCAUGCAGCUUUCAACGAAAUUAAAUCGAUGCUUUGAAACAUAAAUAUAUGUUUGAUAAGAAGCAUGUUCCUAAACAUAUGUUUCAGAUUUUUUUUUAAUUGGAUGAUAGAUAUAAUUCUUUUCUUUGUUUUGAACGUCGUGAUUGAUCGUGAUCGAGAUUCAAAUUCUAAACAAUAGAAUAUGAAUGUAAUGAAUACGUUUUGAGAAGUAACUGUAAUGGUAGUGUUGAAUUUUGAGAUAUUUAUAACACUUACUGUGUGUACAAAGACGAAAGAAUGAGAUUAUAAUUGAUGCUUGUGUAAAAACAUGCACAUAUUUUAGUGCGUAGAAGAAUUCACGAUGAUUGUUAUGCGCGAAUGCGCGGAAAACGGAUUAAAGAUAACAUCUUUAGAUUUCGAUAAGUGUUAUAUACGCGUAACUUUCACCUAAGUUACAGUCUCUUUUCUAGAUUUGUAUAAAGCUUACUGUACAUUUCUAAUAAAAAUCACCUAUUUAAUCUUUCAUAUAU